AUGAAUCAAUACCGCAGCGUUCCUGUCCGGGUCAGCAACCUGGGUUUGUUGGAACAGCAGGACUACUGGAAACUGUCUGCAUCUUGUUCAUCAGUCAACUACAACCGUGCUGUUUGGAAACACAGAUAUAGAUUAUUCUCCUUGGAUGGAUCCCUGCAAGAGGUGGAUGAGAUUAAUGAAAUGAACAACUCCUUGCAAGGCAAACUGAAGGUGGCAUGUAAGAAAGUGGAGGAGAGUGAGCGAUUGGUCGAGGAGCUGCUUGCAGAUGUUUUGUCUCUAAGGACUAUGGACUCCACUCCAGCCCAGUCUCAGGAGAAUGUACUGCUCUGUGAGGCCAUUAAGACACUGUUCCCUGGGGCAGCUCUACUCCAAAAUACAGGCUCUAACCUUCCAGGGGUUCCACGUGCCUGAGUUCUGCUGCAACACCGACCAUGGCAUAGACAUCACCACAACACUGCCUUUGAUCCUGACUCAUACAGUCCCCAAAGCCAGGAAGG